AUGAUGCACCCACUCUUCGGUGUGCAACCAGCAGGCCCUCUGCCCGUCACAUAUCCUCACGACGUGAUGCUAGACGACCACGCACAGCAAAUGGCAUGUUCUCAAACAUCAAGGAGAUUUUCACGAGGCUCCAACGGACAGCGUUCUGGAGGAAACUCUACAAGAAUCACCAAACCCUCAAGUGCCAGCAAUAGUCCUCGAUCAUCAGGCCUCAUGGCUCGACGCAAGACUCUCAUGAACGACGGCAACUCUCAACGACGACAGCAACAAAUAAUGGAUCAGCUAUCUUCGUUUUACGAUGUUGAGUCACAGCAGCACACUCAACGAUCGUCGCGUCCCUUGAGCUGGCACCCAAGUUCCUAUGGUCAAGCUUCAACACAGCAGCACAUGCAUGCCUUGACUCCAAGUUACACACCUGCUGAUCAACACGAUCUAUAUGGAAACUUCUCUCACUACUCACCUAUGAUGGGCUCAACCUCUUGCGGCACAUCCCCUCUUGCCUUCCCCCAUCUGCCACUACCAUAUCAGCAUGCCGACAACAUGCCGUACAACGCUUACCCAGGGGCUGGUAUCUCGCACCAUUCACCAGCUGCUUCUUUCACGGCGGAUACCCGUUCAAUGCCGGCUACCUCUGCUCCUGCCGACACCAGCUACAACAACGGAUGGGACUGGAACAACUUCAUUAUGCAUGGCUUUGGCGCAACAACACCCCCAACACCAGAGACGCUCCCCCAGAGUCAUCUCUCCCAGCCAGCUGUGUCUGAGGAUAUCCAAUACCAGGCACUCGAAGACGCUUCAGAAGAAGAGGGUGAGAUUCUGGUUGGUAUGGGUCUCUACGAUGCCCCAGAAAAGUUCAACGAAGAUCCACAAUUGGACAAUUACCGAUCCACCGUAUCAUCUCUGCUUGGAUCUUCAUUCAGAAGUCAUGAGCCCAGCGGUAAGGGCCUGAAACUUGAAGAGACAUGGGAACCUCCCAAAUCCGAGGAUGAGGAUGAGGAUGACGAGGAGGAGGAGGAUGAUGAUGAGGAGGACAAGGAUGACGAGGAGUAA